GAAAUAUUGUUAUGGUAUGAAAAGCAGCUAACGAAGCUGAAAAUGCCUGAGGGCUUGGAGUGGGAUAUGUGGGGUGCGCUUUUUUAUGUUGGCACCAUUUUUACUACUAUCGGUUAUGGUAAUAUAGCGCCUCGCACACCUGGUGGUCAGGCGUUAAGUAUUGUGUACGCAAUUUUUGGCAUACCUCUUGUUUUAGCUAUUUUGAGUCAGUUUGGUAAAACGCUCACUUCGUUUGAUCGUUAG